UUCGUUUUAUUGUGGCGUCGCGGCACAAAUGUCCUUACAGCCUCAAAUAUUAUGGUGACAAGGGAUGAGCGCAUAAGACUGAUAGAUGGUUAUAAUUUAGAAAUAUCAGAUUUAGAGCCACAAGAUGCUGGGGAUUAUGUGUGUCAAAUCAGUGACAAAAUAAAUCGUGAUCAAGUGCACACAGUGGAAAUAUUGGUUCCGCCCAGUGUACGCGCCAUUCCCACUUCCGGUCAGUUACAGGCACGUAAAGGCGGCCCAAUUACUUUGGAAUGCAAAGGCUCUGGUAAUCCCGUGCCGUCGAUAUAUUGGACUAAAAAGGUUCGUAACGAAAAAGUAGUAUUUUAUGCUUAUGGGCUUAUGAGAAAAUAUUGUGAGAACUUAUGA